AUGCCCAAUCGUCCUCAGCAAAUGCAAGAUCAAUCAAUGACUCGACAAGAAACACGUGAAGACGAAACGUUGUUGAUGGAAGAAGAACAAGAAUACCAAGAGAACAUCCACAAGAUUAGCAGUAUGGAAGCGAUGAAUGAUGGUAUCGACAACGACAAUGAUGAUAAUGAAGAUCCUUCUUCCAUCUUUGUUCCUCCCAUUCAUCAUGUCUCUGAAGAAUCAAGACAACAGCAUGAAUCUCCAGUAUUGCUAUCGGCAAGAUUUGAUUCCAUGCUGGAAGAUUAUGAGAACAAUGAGGAAUCUUGCAGGGAACAAUCUUCUCGCAGCAUUGCCCUCAUGUACAGCACUCUAAGAUCUCCUGAAGAAGAGCGACGCUCCAGUCCUGUUUCUACCAACUUUUUACGAAGUGAAGCUGAAUUGCCAUCCAAUUUGCCUCCUUCUUUUCCUCCCUUUUUGAGUGACGCUGCGGCUUCCAAUGCAGCCUUAUCCCCCUCCUUAGUUCCGUCACCACUCAACGGUACCGGCAGUGCUAGACGAGACAAGCCAACCUUGUUGAGAAGUUUGGCCUGGAGUCAAGAUUCGCAAGAAGAACGCCGAAUUACGAAACGAAGAAAAGAAGAACCCAUGGUGAUGUUUACUACUGAUACUAGUACUAAUGAUGAUGAUGAUAAUGAUGAUGGUCCUUCUACACCAGAACCACAGCAGCAUCAUCGACGAACGAAUAGCAGUAGUCCAACCAUGGUACACUGGGAAGAUGAAGUUAUGGAAUUGUCGGAUUUUGUGCACAAGGCCAUUCAACACCAACAGGGGACACCGACUCAUGGAUAG